CCACGGACUUAGAAACCAGUUUGGGACUAUCGAUCUACUGCUUUUCUGGAGACGAGGCAGGCGAGACCAGCAGUAACAAGACAACUGCACUUCACAGGAGUCUGUCUGCCCAGGCUUUCCUGAAGCACCUGCGCGCUCCACCAGCAGCGUCAUUAAUCCCGCGAGACGACGGGUCCUCGGAAGGCACAAAAUUCCUCCUUUGCUAGAGCCCAGGUUUUUGCCGUCAAGUUAAAUUCCGGGGUGGGGAAGUAGCUUUGUCGUGCCGCCUCUAAUCGCUCAGAAAUCAACCCCAAUUCUACACGGAAAGCUAGGCCUCCGACCGCUAUGGAAGGGCAGCAAGGGCAAGAAAACCUCACGACCCUAGCGCUUGCCCAAGCUCAUUUCCAGAAGGGCGAGUACGCGGAAGCCGAAGCGCUGUACUCCGCUUACGUUCGCCAGUACGCCUGUGCGGCCUCCGAGGGAGAGGCGCCCGGGAGCAAAUGCAGCCCUGAGGAUUUGGCUACUGCAUAUAACAACAGGGGGCAAAUCAAGUACUUCAGGGUGGAUUUUUAUGAAGCCAUGGAUGACUACACAUCUGCCAUAGAAGUCCAACCCAAUUUUGAAGUUCCAUAUUACAACAGAGGGUUGAUAUUAUAUAGGCUGGGAUACUUUGAUGAUGCUUUGGAAGAUUUCAAGAAAGUAUUAGACUUAAAUCCUGGAUUUCAAGAUGCUAUUUUGAGCUUAAAACAGACUGUUCUAGACAAAAAAGAAAAGCAAAGAAGAAAUUAUUGA